UUCCAGUUCCUCCACACGCCGAGCUGGAGAUUCUCUAUCUUGACAACCUUUGCUCCUUUGCUGAUCCUUCUACCAACAGUCCGUGCUCUCGUCAAUUACUUUUGCUUUGAUUCAACUACAAACACCUUCCCUCUGAGCUCUCCCGUCUGCAUCAUGCCUCUUCCUUAACCCUCACUCAUUUUCUCAACCGCACUUUUACCCCGCGUCUCGAUUUUGCAAGAUUACCCGGGUCCGCCCUUGAUGCACCUUGCCAAAAUGGACACAGCCAUAGAUCUUUCUGAUGCCUCAAAGGCAUUAGAUCUUGCUAACAUCCGCUUUCAGCUCAUUCGACUCGAAGACACCAUUACCUUCCACCUCAUCGAACGUGUUCAAUUCCCUCUCAAUGCCACCAUUUAUGACGUUAAAGCUCUCCCCAUUCCCCAGACCGAUCUCCAUCUCCCCCCGGCCUUGUCUCUCGCCGACUAUCUACUCGCCGAAACUGAACGAAUACAUUCCUUGGUCCGCCGAUACGAUGCCCCCGACGAGUAUCCUUUCUUCCCAGAAGUCCUUCAGCGACCCAGACUGCAACCUAUCGAAUAUCCCAAAAUCCUGCACGAUAACGACGUGAAUGUCAAUGCUCAGAUCAAAGAAAAAUACAUCAAUCAGGUCUUGCCCGAAGCCUGUCGCAAAUUCGACCGCCAGGAUCGGGGAGAAACAAAAGAGAAUUAUGGCAGUGCAGCAACCUGUGACGUUGCAUGUCUCCAAGCACUCAGCCGGAGAAUUCACUUUGGCAAAUUCGUCGCUGAGAGUAAAUUCCAAGCCGAACCUGAGCGCUUUGUCAAGCUCAUCAAGGCUGAGGACCGACAAGGGAUCGAUGAUGCCAUCACCAAUGCAAAAGUUGAGCAGCAGGUCCUUGAACGCUUACGGCUGAAAGCUAAGACCUAUGGUAAGGAUCCGUCCUUGGGCCCUAGCAGUGGAGGAGGGGAAGAGAAGAUCAAUGUGGAGGCGGUGGUCGCCAUGUAUGCUCAAGUCGUCAUCCCUUUGACCAAAGUCGUCGAAGUGGAAUACCUCAUGCAGCGCCUGAAAGGAACCCAAUGGGAGUAGACUCUUCAGCUUGCGUGUGGUUACCCUUUAUUGUGGUUUGAGGUAUUCUGAAAUGUCGUCAACUGCACUCUUGAACCCAUCUGCAGGAAUGAGAAUAGCAUGUCCCUGUGGCCGGAUUCCCAGUUCUUGGAAUGCCCUCUUCGAGUCCGAGUGACCCUCGUCUUGUUUGAUGGUAUAUUCGAAUCCACCAUGACAGAGGGCGUGUCGAUGCAGGACCUCGUCUUCGGGAUGAAAGUACAUGGUUUCAAAUGAUCCGCUGCCGCCCUUGUUCUUCUUUUUGGGCCGGUUCUCCUCAGCAUCCAAUUUCGAGGGAAUCUCGGUGUAUGUCUUGGAUAGGAUCAAAUAAUGAGUAAAUGUAUAUGGC